AUGUCUGUAUCCGCCCCGCCAGCCGGCAGCAAGUCGAUUGCAAGCAGUGCUCUUCGUAGCGCGGGACUCAUUGACCGAGAUGCGACCAUGAGGGAUGCCGACAACCCUGGGGGAAGAAAGGGCAAACUGCGCUCUGGGAGGACGAUGAGGAUGGAUAUUACGAAGGACAGGCCUUCGAGCACUCGCAUGCACCCUGUACGGCUCUCCGCAAGUGCCGGGCCUUCAGAUCCACUCACUAUCCGCGGCGCCUCUCGGCCUUCAGUGUCAAGCCGGAUGCGAAGAAACGCAAUUUCUGGGGCAUCCUCAUCUUCAAUAUCGCAGAUACCCCUCCGAAUGAAAACCAAGGUCGUAGACGCAUGGAGAGAGUUUGUCCAGAAGCGUUGGAAUCCAGAGAUGAAAUACCUAAAUUUGGAUUCAAUGAAUGAAGACGAGGUAGUUAAGAAGUACAACCUCACCCCACCAGGAUCAGGAGGAAGUUCCCGCGACGCCGCUGUUAUCUUCAAACUGGCCAGCCAGCUUAAACCCGAGGUCGAAACAUUGUCUCUUGCGAAUAAUAACUUGACCGGGACUCUUCUCAUGCAACUGAGCAGGUAUCUCCCGAAAUUGGUCAACCUGUCGCUGCAGAACAACAAGAUCCGCGACAAGAAAGAACUCACGAUGAUUGUGUCAAGGAAGGAGAAGAUGCUUCAGAUGCGAGAGCUGGUCUUAACUGGGAAUCCUUUAAGAGAGCUGGCAUACAAAGCUGGUCAAGGGGCGGCCUAUCGAAGUGACAUUGCUCGUCGAUUCACGGCAUUGGCGGUUCUGGAUCAAGAACCGAUCGCGCAAAUAUCUUUCGACGGGCCUCAACCGUCAACGUCGGCAAUGCCUGUCGAAAAACCAAACGCCACCACAUUCCCAUUCGAUAUGAGCCCUUCAUUCGUUACUGGUGUCGAUGGAGCUCUCGUUAGCAAAUUUCUUGUCAACUUCUUCAAUGCAUUCGAUAGUCAACGCGAAUCAUUAAUCAAUGCGUAUGACCCUGCAGCAACCUUUUCAUUCUCGGCGAACACCUCUAUUCCGGCGAGGGCUCGACUAGUGGGAUUCCACUCGUCUAAGGACAUGCCUAAUCAGCGCAAGCUGGAGUGGAAGACGUGGCUCGAUAGUGGUUCUCGAAAUUUGAAUCGCAUAGGCAGUGAUCCUCAGAAGACGCUGCAGAAUCUGCACGUCGGUGCAGACCAAAUCGUGCAAGCGAUGAGGAACAUGCCCCCGACCGCGCACGAUAUCCUGGGCCCAUCAGAAAAGUUCUGCAUCGAUGCAUUCCCUGUAAUGCACGGGCAGAGUAUGGGCCUAUUGUUGACUGUUCAUGGACAGUUUACGGAACCCGGACCUGGGGGUGUACGGUCAUUUGAUAGGACUUUUAUGCUGGUUCCAGCUGCAGAUGGUUCACGUGCCAAACUCAACGGCUGGGAUAUUGUCAUCUUGUCUGAUCAAUGGAUUAUCCGUAGCUACUCCAGUCAUGAAGCAUGGAAAGCUGGUCCAUUGCUGGUCCAGGCCGUUGUGACCAAGUCGCAAACUGGCGCUUCAGCUUCCGGAUUCUCGUUGAUGUCGUUCCCUCCAGACCAGCAAGCAGUUCUUGCCCAACUCCCUGAGGCACAGCGGAAUUUAGUUGUGGAGAUCUCUUCGCAGACCAGGCUGAAUGCCAAGUUCGCCAUCGACUGUCUGCAAUUGAAUGGGUGGGAUCUUGCGAAAGCAGUAGCCAACUUUAACCAAGUAAAGGCCUCGCUCGCAGCGGAUGCAUUCCUCUAG